CUGCCCUCACUGCACCACCGCCCUCAGGCACCAGCCUGGCCCACACCACUGUGACCUGAUCAAGUCUUCAGAGAGUGAGAAAGAAAGAAACUCUCUCAGGACUACUCAAAGAACUUUGAGAACAAGUUUUGCUGCAUUUGAUUCAUUUAUUGAACUAGUUAUUUGGUGAAAUGGAAUAUAGAACUUGCCUAUGGCUGCUAGGGACAGCAUUUCUUACUUGCACAGUGAACCUGUUUGUUGAGGGUACAGAGGUGGGAGCACCCCAGGGGUCGCACCCGGAGCCAGGGGUGGUGGGAUCAAACCACAGCCAGGCUGGAGGGGGCCAUGGGUCCAGCAUCUCAGGGAUACAAAUCGUGACCUUUAAGUGGCACCAUGUGGAAGCCCCCUACCUCAUCGCCUUAUGGAUACUGGUGGCUGGGGUAUCCAAGAUGGUGGUCGAGCUGAACCACAGCCUGACCAGUGUGAUCCCGGAGAGUGCCCUCCUCAUCCUCAUCGGUUGGAUCCUGGGCGGCAUCAUCUACGGGGCAGACAAGAUGCAGACCUUCACCCUGACACCCACCGUCUUCUUCUUCUACCUGCUGCCCCAAGUCAUCCUGGAUGCGGGCUACUUCAUGCCCAACAAGCUGUUCUUCAGCAACAUGGGCGCCAUCCUGGUUUACGCUGUAAUUGGCACCUGCUGGAACGCUGCCACUGUGGGUCUCGGCCUCUGGGGGUGCUGGUUGGGCGGGGCCAUGGGUGAUAUCGACAUUGGUCUCCUUCAGUUCCUGUUGUUUGGGAGUCUAAUUGCUGCUGUGGACCCCGUGGCUGUAAUUGCCGUGUUUGAGGAGGUCCAUGUCAACGAGGUCCUGUUCAUCAUGGUGUUUGGGGAGUCCCUCCUCAACGAUGGUGUCACAGUGGUGCUGUUCAAUGUGUUUGAUGCAUUCGUGUCGCUGGGAGGGGCAGAAAUCGAUGCUGUAGAGAUCAUUAAAGGCAUAAUCUCGUUCUUCGUGGUGGCAUUCGGAGGCUCCCUGGUUGGUAUUAUCUUUGCUCUGCUGAUCUCGCUCCUGACCAGAUGCACAAAGAACAUCCAGAUCAUCGAGCCAGGCUUCAUCUUCAUCCUGGGCUACCUCUCCUACCUGACAGCUGAGAUGCUUUCUCUAUCCGCUAUCCUGUCGAUCGUGUUUUGUGGCAUCUGCUGUCAGAAGUAUAUCAAUGCCAACAUGGAUGAGAGGUCGGUCACCACAGUACAAUACGUCAUGAAGGUGUUCGCCAAUGGCUCAGAGACCAUCAUCUUUGUCUUCCUCGGCAUCUCGGCCAUAGAUCCAGCUAUAUGGGUGUGGAACACAGGCUUCAUCCUCCUCACACUCCUCUUCAUCUUUGUGUUCAGGUUCAUAGGGGUCUUUCUCCUUACCUGGAUUCUGAACAAGUACCGACUGGUUCCCUUGGAGUUCAUUGAUCAGGUGGUGAUGAGCUACGGUGGCCUACGAGGGGCAGUUGCCUAUGGCCUUGUGGCCAUGCUGGAUGAGAAUAAGUUCAAAGAGAAGAAUCUGAUGGUCAGCACCACCCUCAUAGUGGUGUACUUCACUGUCAUGCUGCAGGGAAUAACCAUGAAACCACUGGUCACCUGGCUGAAAGUGAAGAGAGCAGCCGUGACAGAACUCACACUAGCUGAAAAAAUACAGAAUAGGACCUUUGACCACAUGCUUGUCGCCAUAGAGGACAUUUCUGGACAAAUAGGACAUAACUACAUGAGAGACAAGUGGCAUAACUUUGAGGAGAGGUGGUUGUGCUGGUUCUUGAUGAAGCCCUCUGCCAGGAAAUCUCGUGACUACAUAUUCAACAUCUUCCACCAGCUCAACCUCAAGGAUGCCAUGAGCUAUGUAAAGGAGGGAGAACGCAGAGGCUCAUUGGCGUUCGUUCGGAAUGAGACCAAGGCCGAUGUGGAUUUCAAUAAGAAGUUUCGUGCCAAUUUCUCUGAGAUUAUGCCUGACAUCAUGGCAGAUAAUAUGGGACCGGAUGAUGUUCCACUCUCCUCUAUCUUACAGGACAUUGUGCCCUCUGUCUGCCUGGACAUGCAUGAGCUGGACCUGAAAAUGAGGGAGUCAGAGGACUUUAAUGCACACCAUCUACUGCAGCAGCACUUGUACAGAGGCAGGAAACAGCACAGACACAGGUACAGUCGGAGCCACCUCGAAACCAACAAGGAUGAGAAUGAGGUGCAAGAGAUCUUCCAGAGAACAAUGAGGAGCCGUCUAGAGUCAUUCAAGUCAGCCAAAAUGGGUGUCGCCCCUCCCAAGAAGAUCCAAACCAAGCAUCAAAAGAAAGAUAAACCACAAAAGAUGCCAAAUGGAAACUCCACGGAUAAAAGUAAAAACCAUCCUUAUAGGGAUAAAGAUUUUGAGUUUUCUGAAGGAGACUGUGGCUCUGGUGGCGAGGCUGCUGGCGAUUUAUUCCCCAUGAGGGCCUAUAGAGUAGAAGCUGGAAUAGUGAACCCAGCCUUCAUGGCAGAGAUGGACCCCAUGGACAACAUGCAACAGAUGCAGCAGAUCCCACAUGUAGCACUUCUUCCACAAAAUUUGAACUCCUUUGACCCCUAAUCCUGGGUCCAGGUCGUGACCCCAGUUGCCAAAUAAUCAAACAUUGCACCUGCUCUUUGACAAAACAUUUACUAGGGCAUGUUUUCUUUGCUGUUCAGUUGUUUAAUCAUAGUUCUGUAUACCCAGACAAAACAUUCCAGGUCCCGUAACCCUUGUGCUCUCCAAUAAGGCUUUCAGUCUUUCACAAUUGACUGAGCUCUUCCCUCUUCUUAGUGUAUGUUUGGUUGUAGGUUAGGAUUUUUUAAAGUAAAGGGAACUGUGCUGUAUAUAACUCCAUUGUAACACAUAAAGAUCAUCAUGAGACCAACACCAAAUAAGAAUGUUGGACAUUUGACCUUGCCAUCCAAAUCCAUGGUAAAUUCUGACCCGGUUUACCAGACAAAACCAAUCCCUCAAACAAUCCAGGCUUUGACUGGCUUGCUCACAUCCCAUGUAGGCUGACAGUAAAAUAAAGUUCAGUCACACUUUAUUUGGAUAGUCCCAUAUAGAUGAUCUACAGCUGGUCGUAUUAUUUACAUUUUAGUCAUUUAGCAGACACUCUUAUCCAGAGCGAGUUACAGAGUUACAGUGCAUUCAUCUUCAAAACACUAGGAGGGACAAGCACAUAUCACAGGCAUAGCAAGUACAUUUUUCCUCAGUAAAGUAGGGUGGGUGUCAGAAGGGGGGAAGGAGAAAAGUAUCUAAGUGUCAUCCGCAUAGCAAUGAUAGGAGAGACCAUGUGAGGAUAUGAAGGAGCUCCUCCUGACCGGCUUAGCUGCCCACAGCCCUGUUCUGUAAACUUGCAAUGAGUCACUCAGCCACGGAGCAGGAGGGCCGAGCCGGCUGGGAGGAAAGGUGACAGUACAAGUCAUAAGAUGCGGAAAGGGAGGAGGGUAGGGUCGAAGAGGCAGAAUCAGGAGACAGGAGAGAGAAGGACUUAGCAGAAGGAAGAGAUGUAAGAAUAGAAGAGGAGAGAGUAGUGGGAGAGAGCGAGCAAAGACCAUGACCAUCUGGGUAGGGGCUGAAUGGCUAGGUUUGGAGAAGAGUGAGACAGAUAAGGAAACAAAGAAGUGAUGAGAUACCUGGAGGGGGGUGUGCAGUGAGAUUAGUAGGCGAACAGCCUCUAGUAAAAAUGAGGUCAAGCAUAUUGCCUGCCUUGUGAGUAAGAGGGGACUGGGAAAGGGUGAGGUCAAAAGAGGCAAGGAGGGGAAAGAAGGAGUUGGAAAGAAAGAAAUCGAAGGCAGAUGUCGGGGAGGUUGAAGUCGCCAAGUACGAAGAGCGUUGAGUCUUCACCAGGAAAACACCAUAUCAAGGUGUCAAGCUCAUUGAGGAACUCUCCAAGGGCACCUGCAAGGGAUAGAUGACAACAAUGUUAAGCUUGAGUGGACAAGUGACAGUGACAGCAUGGAAUUCAAAUGAGAACAAGUGAGUGAGGGAGAAAAUAGAACAUUUCCACUUAGGAGAAAUGAGUAGCCUGUGCCACCACCAUGAUGACCAGAUGCUCUGAGACUAUGAGAGAAAACAUAGUCAGAUGAAGAGAGAGCAGCUGGAGUAGCAGUGUUCUCUGGGGUGAUCCAUGUCUCCGUCAGGGCCGAAAAGUCAACGGACUGAAGUGUACCAUAAGCUGAAAUGAACUUGGUGUUCUUGACUGCAGAUCGGCAGUUCCAAAAGCCACCAGAGACCAGGAAUUCCACAUGGAUUGCGCAUGCAAGGUACACUAAAUUAGAAUGGUUGCAACCAAGGGGCGGGGAGAGUCUUUAAAGCCUACAGGGAGAGGAGCGAACAGGUAUAGAAAACACACAGAGUUGCCAAAGCCACAAAAGAGCAAAAUGAGAUCAUCAGAAAAUAACUAGGAAAGAUACUGAAGUGAGAGUGUGGUGUGGGAGCCUUCCUAUCUUUCCUUCCUCUAAUAACUCUGCAGAACAACUAGGCAGAACAGUCUUAGUUUUGAGACGAGACCACCACUGACACGACCACAGUUUACAGCUGCCACUGAGAAAACAGAGGAGACUGAGGAGAUUUAACAAACUAUACUGUAUGUUGAUAAGUAACUGCUUGCUAAGGUUACAGUUAGGGUUAGGUUUGGAAUAAUCGUUAGGGUAAGGGUUAAGGUAAGGAUUUGGGUUAGGAUAAGGUUAGAGCUAGGGUUAAUGGAUAGUUGAAAUGUUGUUGAUAGUUAUUGAAUAUCUACUUGGGACUAUCCAAAUAAAGUGUUCCCGAAAGUGUAAUGACACACCAUAUUUAAGUCCAUUGAAUGAAACCAAAGCAAGCAAGUUUAUGCAUGGAUUCAGACUGUCAUUUUUGUGACCACCUCAUGUCCUCACCCUUUAAUGUGAUCAAAUUAUGUAGAUUUAGUUGAUUAUAAAGAAUAUAAAGCAUUUCAUAUGACAGUAAUUUAUUGAGAGGAUGACAUAAUCUAAUGCAAUUUUAACAAUUGAAAUGCUGUCUUAAUCACUUUGUGUUUUUUUCCAUUUGUUUGAGAGAUUUGUAGCCGUUUUUGGGGUCAAGAUGUGGUUGGUGUUGAGAGAUUGAAUUUUACAGAUGUAAAUGUCACUUAUAUAGUAAAGAAAUAACCUAUUUAUUCACCAAUAAAGUUUAUUGGCUACCUG